UCAAAUCAUUCAGUUUCCAAGUACCUCAAAAAACAAAAAACACUACCAGCUUCGAACUUAUUUUCUCUUUUAAUAAACUCUGAAAGCUACCUUAAACCUUCUCUUCCCUCAAUUCCUUCUUUCUCUUAUUAAUCAAUUAUGCCUUCCUUUGAAUUUGAUAAUGUUAAGGCAGAGAAGCAAGAUGCUUUGUGGAGAUACAAGAUGGAGAGGAAGUUGAGGAUGGGUCUUAGCUUCAUCGGGUUUCUCUUGGUUUUGUUUUUGCUGUCGUGGCCCUUGUUCCCAACUUUGAUUCCUGACACCGUCGAGGCUGCCGGAGAUUUUCUCCGAUAUUUGGUUUCCACUUUUAAUAAGCCGCUCUUCACUUUUGUCCUCCUAAACAUCAUCAUCCUCGCUGUUUUUGUUUUGUCUACCCAAAACCAGACCCAGAAACUAACCACCACUCCCGACAUCUACGGCGAGUACGUUAGCUCUCGCCGGUGUAUGCAAACAUCGGCAGCCUCCACCUCCGCUCCUGUCACGGAAGAGACCACGGUGGACAAGCAAAUCAUUCUGGUGGAAAAUGCGGCUGCUCUAAAUUCUCGAGCCAAGCCGCAACGUACGACUACUGGCACUGGCCGUGAUACUGUUACAGAGACGAAACGUUCCCUCUCACCAGUUAAAGAACAACAUCAACCUACGGAGAACCGGACAGUGACACGUACAAAGCCUCUCUGUUCUUCAACCGAAAUGAUGAAUCAAAAGGAGUACCGAAGAACUCGAUCAAUGGUUUCAGAAUCCCGAAGCCAACGACCCCGGGAGUUUCGGAGGUCGGAGACGGCUAUGUUCAGCCGAGAACUGGUGGUUACAGAUGCUGAGCCGCCGAGGAAAUCAAUGGACGAGAUGAGCAGCGAAGAGUUUCGGUCGAUAGUAGACAGUUUCAUCGCUGAAAAAAAGAAAACUCUGAUGCAAGAAAACACCGCUCGUAACACUAGGAGAAAAGACAAGUGCAUGUCAAUUGUGGUUAAGAAUUAAAAGAUUAGACAGAAAUGAGUGAGUUAAAACAUAAUCUAUCUCGAUCUUCGUAUUAGUAGGCUGAUGAGGUCCUAUGUUAUAUUAAUUAGUAUGGGAUAGAUGUACAGCGAUAAAAUUUCCCGGGUUUUGUGGGAGUAAAUUUUAAGAUGAUCAAACUUUAUGGGUUAUUGUGCUUCUUCCUUUCUCAUUUAUGAAAUGGAUAUUCGUUUAAAGCUC